UUUCAUUGGCUGAGCAGUCGCAAGUUUGGAAAUGAGUAGAGACUUUUCAUAUCUGUGAAGGAGUCAGAAUAUCUUCGUUUUCACCAGAACAGAAGAUACUUUGAGGAAUCAAAAGUUUGUCCUAUUAGCGAUCACAAAUGGGCUUUGCUGUGAAACAGCAGCUGGCUAAAAAGACCUGAAGGAAAAAGGCAGAACAUCUUGGGACUACAAAUUCCUUAAUCAGCUGAUUAGAUUAGAUUUUUCCCAUUGAGCGAAAAAUCUUUGUCAUCCAAUUGUCUUCUCCCUUCUCACCCCUCUGUCCGGCUGGGGUGAGAACCAGGGGGUCCAUGGAGAGAGCUGUAAAUGGCUGAGGAGCUGUGUACUGGCUGGUUUCGCAUCAUUGCAGGCUCCUUGGAGAUAGAGGAAUGCAAAUCUGCAACCAUGAUGGAAGGAUUGAAAAAACGUACCAGGAAGGCCUUUGGGAUACGGAAGAAAGAGAAGGACAAUGACUCUGCGGGGUCCCCAGACAGAGACGGGGGUGAACCCCCAGAGGUUGAAUCGUCUCAGAAGAAGACCAACGGGGCCCCUAAUGGCUUCUACGGAGAUAUCGACUGGGACAGAUACAACUCCCCUGAGGUGGAUGAUGAGGGCUACAGCAUCAGACCUGAAGAGGAGUCAGAAGAGGGAGCUCCUACCACGAAAAAGGCCCACUUCUUUUCCUCUGAUGAGUCGGAAGAAGAGGAGGACCACAGGAAGAAAUUCAAAAUCAAGAUCAAGCCACUGCCGGCCAAUCGUGUAGCGUCAGUGCCCUCAGUUGACGAGCUCAAAGCCUCCAUAGGCAACAUAGCCCUGUCCCCGUCUCCUCUGAGGAGUCCGAGACGUAGCCCGGGUUUGAAAAGGAACACAUCCAGUGAAGAAAUUGCCAGACCGAGACGUGUCGUCCCUACUGUACCCACUGUGGCCCCCACACCAGCUCCAGCACCACAACCCCCCAGUCAACAGACACCGUUCCCUGAAGAUACCACAGCCUUAUUUGGGCCUCCUUUGGAAACAACCUUUGGAGAACCGAAAACUGAAGUGGGUCUGUCUGAGUCUGAUGCGUGGGGGACUCCUCUUUCAGAGCCUGAAUCCUCUUUGACAAGAUCCUUCCCUACAGGAACGCCACCUCCACUUCCACCCAAAAAUGUCCCGACCUCCCCCCUGUCGACUGGUCUUCCCUCUGCAGAUGAAGCUGAAGUGUCAACAGAAGCAGACGGUUCCACCAGGAAGCCCUCAAUAGCUGACUUGGACAACAUUUUUGGACCAGAACAGGCUCCUCCUGCUGGCGAGGAUACAGGUGACGCGUGGGUCUGCUUUAGUGAAGAAUCUGCUGGCCAGCCGCCUCUACCAGAGAAACCAACACCUCCGCUACCAGCCUCCCCGCCUCCACCUGAAUCUCCUGUUCCACCCUUACCUGCAUCACCACCUCAUCCAGAAGACCCUGCACCACCUCUCCCUAACUCCCCUCCCCCAAAAGAAGAACCUGUGCCCCCUUUACCAACCUCCCCACCUCCCUCAGAUGAGCCUGCUGGCCUUCCUGUCCUCUCAGGUCCUCCUACACUUGAGGACCGAAAUCCUCUCACACUCGCCAUCUCUCCAACCCCUGCGCCACCAAAGGAGCUUGCGUCUCCUCCCACUUCCUCUCCCCCUCCUCUCGACUCACCCGCCAGCGUCCCACCAGCCCCUACUCCCAAAGCAAGAACCCCUCCAGCGGUGACUCCUCCUGCUGAGGAACCUGCAACACACCCCGUCCCACUGCCUCUUGUCCUGUCUCAAGAGGAGCAGUCCAAGAACACAGAUGUCACCCUACCCAAAGAGGACGGAUGUGAAACUGCCGCCUCGCCAAACGAUGCUAGCCAGGGUAGCCGGAUUACGCCUCCCCCACCUCCUCCUCCCACAUACCGGGCGGUGGUGUCGUCGCCAGGUCCCACAUCUGGAGCUGGUGGCACAAAUAGUGGUUCCUCCUCUCCGGUGCGACCUGGCACUCCUUCGUCAGUCAACCCCACCCCUCCACCACCUCCACCUCGACCCACUUCACGGCCCAAGCUUCCUCCAGGGAAACCCACUAUAGGAGAUGCAAAUCGUCCGUUCAGCCCGCCGGUCCACUCUGCCAGCCCCCCUCCCAUCGCCCCGUUGGCGCGGGCCGAGAGCACCUCCUCCAUCUCCUCCACCAACUCCCUGAGUGCCGCCACCACCCCCACCGUCGGUAAAGAGCUCUCCUUAUCCGUGUCAGAAGACGAUGCUUAUGUAGACAAACUGCCCACCUUUGAGAGACACUUUGAUUCAUUUGCAGAGAAUGACCAGCCAUCCCUUGUUUGGUUUGACAGAGGGAAGUUUUAUUUAACCUUUGAAGGCUGCUCCAGAGGACCGAGUCCUCUUACAAUGGGUGCUCAGGAUACUCUUCCUGUGGCUGCUGCAUUCACAGAGACAGUCAACGCCUUCUUUAAAGGAGCUGACCCCAGCAAGUGUGUUGUGAAGAUCAUAGGUGAGAUGGUUUUGUCGUUUCCGGCGGGAAUCACACGGCACUUUGCCAAUAACCCGUCCCCCGCUGUGCUAACCUUCAGCAUAACCAACUACAGCCGACUGGAGCAUGUGCUGCCUAACCCCCAGCUCCUCUGCUGCGACACCACCACACAAGCCAAGGCCAAUACAAAGGACUUCUGGGUGAACAUGCCUAACCUGAUAUCCCAUUUAAAGAAGGUGGCAGAGCAGAAGCCACAGGCAACAUACUACAACGUGGACAUGCUCAAGUAUCAGGUAUCCACGGAGGGGCUCCAGUCGAUUCCUCUGAAUCUAGCGGUAAACUGGAGAUGUGAGCCCACCAGCACUGACCUGAGGAUAGACUACAAAUACAAUGGGGAGGCCAUGACGACGCCGAUGGCCCUCAACAACGUCCAGUUCCUCGUCCCUGUCGAUGGAGGGGUUUCAAAACUACAGGCUGUCUUACCUCCUGCUGCAUGGAAUGCGGAGCAGCAAAGAAUCCUUUGGAAGAUUCCUGAUAUCUCGCAGAAAUCUGAAAACGGAGGUGUGGGAUCGUUGUUAGCACGCUUUCAGCUAACAGAAGGCCCCAGUAAACCGGCUCCGCUGGCGGUGCAGUUCACCAGUGAGGGCAGCACCCUGUCAAGCUGUGACAUUGAACUGGCUGGGCCAGGAUACCGCUUCUCUCUCAUCAAGAAGAGGUUCGCCGCAGGAAAAUACCUGGCCGACAACUAACCUGUGCUACUGAGAACAGCACUGUUGAACAAACAAUGGCAGUGGACAGAGGUUGACACUGAGGACAGAGGACAAACCAACACCAGACAGACUUUUCAUUAACGUUUUCUGAACCCACACGACAGGUCCGCAGCCUACCCAGCAGUAUUGUAUAACUUGCAUAUAGCAUCGUGGAGCUGUUUUAGGUCAUGUAAUUAUCGUAUUUGUAUUCAUUACAUAACAUCUGUAUUGCUGCAGUUAGACACCUGGGUUCUUCCUCCCUCUAAAGUCUGUGCCUCCGUCUCCAUCCUCCUCUGGUCAAUGUGUGGUGGUGUUUUUUUAAAGUUUCACUGCAGCUGCCUGACCGAAGACAUGGACAGAAAGCGUUUCGGCCAGAUUUAAACUCUGGAUGACAUGCUGUUUGUUGUCCAGAAAGAUUUGGCUGUAAAAACAAAACAAAAAAAACCCCUUGAUUAAGAUCUUUGUGGUCAGACACACACCUCAACCUCUGACACAUCCAAAGUUAGACUAGUUAAAGUGAAAGCAGGGCCCAGGACAAUACAUAGUUAGUUAUACACCAUUAGCAGAUUUUAAAAAAUCAGCUCUUUAAAUAAUCCUUCUAUUCUGACGGCAGCCAUUUGUGUGUCUUUUGCCAGCAAGUAAAUGCAUUUACUGAUGCAUUUUGACGUGUAUGUUGUCACAAACAGUUAAAUGAAAGAUGUUUCUUGUCGGUGCUUAUUUGCGAUCGAAUGAAACAUAGGAUCAAGUAACUACAAAAAAAACCCCUAGAUUUUCAUGCAUCACCUACUGGUACUACAGGGUCACAUGACUUUGGAUUUCAUCCUUUUUUAAUAUAAAUGCACUGAUCAGUCAAUCAAACUGGUAUUUUAUUUCUCUGGAAUAUACAGACAUGGAGAGGUUUUUAGCAAGUUAGGCAGCUGCAAUGAUAAAUCAAUGUACUGGUUGCAAAAUAAGAAAAUAUGUUUUCUCGUCAGAACAAAAGAAGUGUACAAAGUGUCAUUUUAAAUCAAUAAUAUAUAUCUUAAAGGGCGUUUGGUGUUUUCCUCGUAUUGUCAGAUAGACUUUCUGUUGUUCCCAGGACAGCAGUGAUAGACUCCAGAGUACAUAACAGCAUUCUAUUUUUAUUUAUUGAUGACGAUGAUUUGUUGUAUAAACAUGUGAUUCUGUAUACGAAUAGAAUUUGAAUGGUAUCACACAGCUCAGAACCCUUAAAGGUAUAAAUAUUUGAAUUCUCUCUCUCUUUUUUGUUAUUUGUGUAGUUGGGUAACCUGUGUACAGUAUAAGGUAUAAUUUUUGAAUUUAUUUCAGAUAUAAUUUUUUAACUCAAGUGCAACAGAAGAUUUGUGCUAUAUAUUGGGGAGGGUAAUUUAAAUUAAAAGAUAAAUAUCUUCCUGGAUGCUGUGUUAUGCUUUGUGAAAGCAGUGUUAAUGUAGAGUUAGUUAUACCAUGGGCAAGGUCCACACUUUAAAGAGUUAGUUUGACAUUUUGGAAAAUGGGCUUAUGCGUUGUCUUUUUCCCAGAGUCAGAGGAGAUGAUCAAUACCACUCUUCUAUCUGUCUUUUCAACAUGAGGCUAGAGCCAGGAGACAGUUAGCUUAGUGUAAAGACUGGAAACAGCUAGCCUUGCUAUAACUGAAGGUAAAAAAUCUGCUUACCAGCACUUCUAAAGUUCACUAAUUAACACAUUAUAUCUUGUUUGUUAGGUAUACACAUUCAUUUCCCUGUCGGGAUGAACUGUACUACAUUUGGAUAUUCCUUAACUUUUCCUCUAGUGCUACUGUCAAGUCAAAAUUUAUUAGUCCAAUAUUUUGGUUUAUGACUACCGGCAACACUAAUAAUUUCCAUCAGCCUCAGCUGUACUUUGUAUUUAGUGCUAGUUUGCAAAUGUCAGCAUGCUAAACUAUGAUUUUGAACAUGGUAAAUAUUAUACCUGCUAAACAUCAGCAUGUUAGCAUUGUCAUUGUGAGAAGGUUAGCAUUUAGCUCAAAGCAACACUGUGCCUAAGUACAGCCUCACAGAGCUGUUAGUGUGACUGUAGACUCCCAGUCUUGUUUUCUGUUGGACAGAGCCAGGCUAACUGUUUCCCUCUGUGUCCAGUCUUUAUGCUAAGCUAAGCUAACCGUCUCGUGACUCCAGCUUAAUAUUUAACAGACAGACAUGAAAGUGGCAUCAUUAUUUCCCAAAUUGCUGAACUUUUCCUUUUAAUGAGCUCAAGACAAUGACAACAAAAGCAAUUUUCCUUAACAGCAGUGAUUAAGUUGACUGUGGUACCACUACUGGAACAGGAUUUGUUUACUGGGGCUAGCUUGUUUUUUUGCUUUGUUUUUUUUUUUUUUUAAUUCAAAACUCAUUGUGAUGAAACAGAAAGAAAACACUCUUGUAUUAAUCCAGCAUUCUCAGUUCCCAUAUCUACCUAUUUAGUUCUUCCUCAACUUUGACCACAUGUCUGACACGUUUUCGUACCUGUUUCCAUUGACCUCAGUGGUACCUAAACUCUCUGACUAUAUCAUGAGCACACCCCCAAUCAUCCAACCAACGCUUGAAUCCAUGGCUUUAUUUUGCAUAAUCGUAAUGGUCUCUGUGAGAUGACAUAAGUUGAAUGAAGUUUUGGAGUAAGGUUAAGUUGACCAAAAUGCUUCUUUUUUUCUUUUUUUUUUUUUCUUUUUUUUUUUGGUAUUAUAUGUGUGUGUACCCCGGACAGUCAGUCCUCUGUUAAAGAGAAUAAGCUGAAUAUUUUUUAAAUGGAUAAAAGUGAAAUAAUAUUAUAUUGUUUUAUGUGUAUAAAACACUGUGCUGAUGAUGUUGAACUUCCUGAAUGCCCUGACACUCAACAUGAAGAACAAAAAGUGAGUGUGAAGUGUAGCUGAAGAUCUCUGUACUGUACUGCAUGUCGGCAUUCUGCUAAAUGCAACCAAUCAUGGUCCUUUCAGAGCUGUUGUAGAAGCAUCUUAGGCUAAAUUUAAGACAAAAGAACUAUUAGCAACAUGUCAAUACUCCAAUUCAAUGACCUAGUGAUAUGUGAUUAUUUGGCUAAUUAAAACGUCAGAUUUUAGCUGUGCAGUUAAAAUAAAAAUCAAAUUUUCAACCAUUUACCUUUUAUACCUGUGCAGACUCAGUCUAAAAGAACAUUGUGGAUUACUCUGAGGUUGUAUUUAAUUUGUUAAUGCAAGGGGAUGAUGAUUGGUGCCAUUUAGCUCCCACAUUAGUUUGCUAACAUUUUCUUUCAGUCAUGUUAGUUCUUCAUCUAGCUGACUGGAUGGAUCAACAUGGCUGACAGGAAGUUGUAACCUUCUGGGUAAAUCUUGAAGCUAUCAGUGCAACAGUCACUACAGCAUUAUCUACAGAGGCCCACCAUACACAUCUCCCAUCAUGCAUCUGUUUUAACUUACCAGUACACUACAGGUUACACGUCUUUCAGCUUGAAAGUCAUGUUGCAGUACAAAAAAAUUCAACAAAACUUGUAUUUUUCUGAUCUUCAUCUCUGUGGUGAAUUUGUCCUGCAGUAAUUCAUUAUUGCAUGCAGCGCAUGCAGUAAAAGGUGGGGCAUCUAUGAUGAUAGAUAGUACUGAAAUGACAUGUUGUGCUGAGCGUCAGUUACCUGUAUUAAUGUUGAGAAGAGAGCAGGGAGUGUGUUUAUGUGUGCUGUAAGCCAGAAUGCUUUUUGGUUCUGUACCGUUAACCUCAAACACAUGUGCAAGCUGUUUGUACAGUACAUAACAACGCUAAGAUGAACUGAGAAACUUAGUUUGCUUCUUUCCAAAACCAAUAAAAGUUAUAACUGGA